GCUGCCACACACCCCACAGACCAGCACCUCCUGACCCGGCCAGGCCCCAGCGCACACAGGAAGGAGCCUGAGUCUGCUAUCCUUUGAGGAGGAGACAGGCUGAUGCCAUACAUACACCGAGUAGCCUUCAAGUUGGCAUUUGGUUUCCUGGGACCGAACCUUUAAAUAUGAAGCUGUAACAGAAACCUGGAGGCCUCUCUUGACAACCUGCCCAGUUCUCAUUAUGACAUUUAGCCUGUGAUUGAUAUUGUGUGUGUCAUCAAGACCUUGGCAGUUAAUCUCUGGGUCGAAUCUAUGGAAACCAAACAGAACAGAUUUGUCUUCCCCUUCCAUUUUGGCUGUGGUCUGGGAAACAGACGCUCUCGGCUUCUCUGAGAUUCAGAAAUUUGGGAGCCAUGCAGAGAGGGAUGCACACAAGCCGUCUUCAGGAUUUGGAAAGAUUACAGAAACGAAAGAAAAUCCCUUGGCUUCAAAAUGACAUCCAGAGAACCAAAGGCAAGUCUCAAAAAUGCCUACCCAUCUGCCAAGAGGCUGCUGCCGAAGGUGGAGGGGGAGGUAGAAGCAGAGGACUACUGUACCCCCGGAGCCUUUGAGCUGGAGCGUCUCUUCUGGAAGGGCAGUCCCCAGUACACUCAUGUCAACGAGGUCUGGCCCCAGCUCUACAUCGGCGAUGAAGCUACGGCACUGGACCGCUACGGGCUGCAGAAGGCGGGCUUCACGCACGUGCUGAAUGCAGCCCACGGCCGCUGGAACGUGGACACUGGGCCCGACUACUACAGCGACAUGGCCAUCGAAUACCACGGUGUUGAGGCGGACGACCUGCCCACCUUCGACCUCAGCGUCUUCUUCUACCCGGCGGCCGCUUUCAUCGACGCAGCGCUCAGACACGACCACAGUAAGAUCCUGGUUCACUGUGUCAUGGGCCGCAGCCGUUCAGCAACCCUGGUCCUGGCCUACCUGAUGAUUCACAAGAACAUGACCCUGGUGGACGCCAUUCAACAAGUGGCCAAGAACCGCUGUGUCCUACCCAACCGGGGCUUUCUGAAGCAGCUCCGGGAACUGGACAAGCAGCUGGUGCAGCAGAGGCGACAGGCCAAGCACAGUGACAACAGUGAGAAGGCUGGUGAGAAGGAGCCAUAGCACCCCUAGCAGGGCACACAGAGAGACUCGGGAAUGGAGAGGGAGGCUGAAAUAGCCCUGCCCUGUGACCUGGGACAGUGAACCAAAGCUUGACUUCCUUCAAUCUUAAACUUCUCAGGUGUAUGCUGAUGAAUGGGGGGGGGGGGGGGGAUUCAAAUCUGCCUCCUGGAUGAGGACUUGGCUUCAUAGCAGAAUGGGGCAGACUGCCUUCUCAGCAGAAUUGGUUACAGAUGAGCACACAGUUCUGCACAAAGGUGCCUGUAUUUUAUUAUUAUUAUUAUUAUUGUCAUUAUUAUUAUUAUUUUCUGGUAAGAUGGAAGCAGAAAAGGAUUGGAAAAUACGUAGGCAUUGUGCUGUGAUUAAAUGUUUGGCUUUGUCUGAAA